CGAAUGGUGCUAUGGCUUUAAAAAGUGUCGCGCUGAAUUCGUGCACGCCAUUGUUUCUGACAGGUAAUAGGAGCACAACAAGUGACAUAACUGCACACUAAGACUCUUUUUGGUCGUCGAGGAAACAGUUAAAGGUUGAAAAAAGGGAUUUUUUUUUUUGGCUGGAGAAAUAAAGUCCACUUGGAGACGCGACAGUCACCAGUGUUGACUAUUUUUAAAGUCUUUCUAGCAUCUUUGCAGGUCCUUACCGGUGCUGUGCUGCGCAUAGAGACUGAAACGACCACCAUGAUCCUGCUAACUCCAUCCUCUGGUAUGGUUUCCAUAAACGUUCCAAUCUCAAAGAUUAGCAUGUUCAUUUCCGUGUCGAAUACAGUAGCAUUGGGAGUUGUUCUGUGGUUUGUAUGUGGUUUACUGCUGUCAGUCUCUCAGUAUGGGGAAUCUAUUUCGGGGAGGGGGUAAUGGGCAUCUGAAACCAUGUGCUGUGGACAGCUCCACCACACCUUUAUGCUGUCAGUGUGUACAGUGAAGUUAAAGCCAUUUUGUGGAUAUUUUAACCAUGUUAUGCAUACAUUAUUGCUAUUUUGUUUUCAGUGUUUUCCAGAAUAUGUCAAUAACAGGAUUGUGUUCCACAUUUGCUCAGUGGUCAGUAAUGUAGUUCCAAUUCAGUAGUCGUUACUAGGAAACCAUAUCAGGCAGCCUUCCAGAAAUGCACAUAAAGCUUAAUCCAGCUAACCUGAGUGUAACAGACUAGACUUGGAGAGAGAAUGAGGAUCCAUGUGCAGAGGUGCUUUAUUACAAUGUCACACUGAAAUCACAAACCAAUUCAAUGUCAUUAACCAGGCAGUAGCCGGAGCAGGAGUAGUCAUAGUACAAUCAGGUCAAAGGACAAUCCGAAAGAGUAAACUGUCCAAAAGAGUAAGCAGAGAGAAGGUCAAACACAGUAGAAUAACAAGGCUUUGAACUUCAGUGAACCUCAGUGUUUGGCAAGAUCUUGCAAUGAAUGAAUGAUCACGUGUUUAUAUACGUGGGAGUCAGGAAGUGAACCAGAAAGCCAUGUUAAAACUCUGGGGACUGUGACCCCCACUGGUUGGCUGGGCUGGCAUUAUAGGACGUUACUCCUGAUGUUUCUGAAGCCAAAACACCUCUCCUACCCCCAGGCCUGUGUGCAGGUCUGUCUGGAUGUUCACAGUGGAAAUCUAUGAUGAGAGCUGGGUCUGGAAUGUCAUCUGCACUGACCCAGGAGUGUUCUUUGGGCCGGUACCCUCUCCCCAGUCCAGAAGGUAUAGCAUGCAAUGGCCCUGUCACUUGUAGUUGAGUAAUCUCCUUACAAGGUAAGCCAGACCACCCUCUCCUGGUCCACCCGUGGCUUAGUUCCAGAAAAAUGCCCCUGAGCAAAAGAAGACACAACAGGUUUGAGUAGUAAUUCAUGAAAAUUGGAAUGCGAUUAUGUGUGAUUGUGACAUAUCUUCUGAUGAAAAGAGACUGGAUUAAUUUAGUUUCGUUUUACUUUUUUUGAGAGUUUUUUUUUUUUUUUCUCCCCGAGAGACCCAUUUCCCCCCUAAUCUAGUCUUGGCCAGUUCCCACUCACUAGCCAGCACUCCCCUAUCAACCAGGGAUGGUGAAGGCUAAUACCUACUACCUCCAAGACAUGUGAAGUCAGCCAACUGCAUGUUUUCGGAACUGCUGCUCAUGGUGCAUCACAGGGCAGCAUAACAUACUCAGAGGAAAGCACUAUCCAGCCUCUUCCACAUGUAUGAGCUCAUAGAUGCCCAUGAUUGGCUAAUAUGAUUGGAUAGUGUGAUUGACUCACUGUGAUUGACAGGGGAGAGAGAAUAUGCCACCCCUCCCUCCCAGAGUGUAAAGACAGUUUUGCUCCCUUGGGCUCCUGGCCACGGAUGGCUGUGGCAUCGUUGGGAUUUAAACUUGUGAUCUCUGAAUGAUAGGGCAAGUGCUUUUCUGUUGCAUUCAUUUCUUUAAAUCUUGAAUCUAGAAAGGACCAAUGAAUCUGGGACUUCCAAAAGGGAAUUCUCAGGCAGAGAUCACUGGUGGACAACCAGAACGUUUGCCCCAGGCAUAGGUCUCUUCACUCCUUCUCAUCAAUUCAUCAGGACUUCUGACAGGAUUUAGGUUUGGUUCACCAGGCCAUGCAGGUUGGUAUCCUACUGGAAGUGUGUAAGCGUUUCUGCUUGUACUCUGCCCAGGGGAGGUAACAGCUCCAGUGGUACUGGUUACUGGAAAGUGGAAAAUCUUCCAAUUUCUUGAUUCAUGCAUUAAACUUUUUGUGGAUGAUAGCCGUGGAUGAUAGAAUUUACUGAUAUUGAUGUUAAGUUGUCAAGAGAAGGUUCUCAAGACCUGUGAUGCGGAUUGCAUGCCCCUGUCAGAAGCAAUGUCCUCUGGACUCCCAUAAUAUCUAAGGACCUACCUGAACAUAAUCUCUGCUGUUUCAAAGGCAGUGUGGAGUUCGGGCAGAGGUACCAGAUUACGUGUUUCAGAGAAACAGAUGAUGACACUGAGUAUGAUGUUGACUGUUUGUAAUAUUGGCAGAUCAGUUAUACCAGUGACACCAUGGUAUAAGGGUGGUUCUCGUUUGUUCACAGACUGAGUAUACUUUGACAUAAUUAGUGACAUUAUUGUCCAAGGAGAACCACCAGAACUUAUUGGUUACAAGGGAGAUGGCCCUCUGUAUUCCAGGACACCUUGCCCCAAUCCCACUUUUGAAAGCAUCUGCUAAGUGCUACCUUUUUUUUGGCAGACCCUUAUGAACUCCUCCAUGAAGGCAGAGAUCUGCUAGAACUGUUGAGCAUACCUAACUAGUAGGUGGCCUUGAGGAGCGAUGGCUGAACUUGGAUUCCGAAUUUCAGAAUUUCAAAGCUCAGAGAACGUGAUGAUCCAUGCACAGAGGUGCUUAAAUACAAAGUCCACACAUAUGCAUUGAAAUCACAAGUUCAGUUAACAUUAACAUUAAUGUACAAUCAGACCGAAGGACAAUCCAGAGGAGUACACCACAAGAGCAGGCAGAGGGUCAAACUUAGCAUAAAUGUCAGUAGGACAACAAUGCUGAGAAUGUACAUAACUGCAAUGUUUGGCAAGACUUAGCAAUGAAUGAAUGAUGUCGAUAUGUAUAUAUAUACUGGGGAGUGAGAAAAUGAACCAUAAAUGUUUGGCAAAGUAUGGGUUAGAACUCUGGGGACUGCGACCUCUGCUGGUGGGGAGGGGUAAUGUCUUUGGCUAGUGUUAAACUGAGCCUCUGUCUGUGUUGAACACCGCCUCCUGAAUUUACCAGAAAUUUGGUAAUUGGACAUGUCUUAUUGUUUGAAUGGAGAUCAGUAUGUAAUUACUGAUGUUCUGUCUGUGCGUAUGUCUUCUUUGCUUAUUUGUAUAUAAAAAAAAUCAUGAAAUAGUUAUACUGUAUUGCCUUUUCUAAAGCCCCAAUCAGGAAUGUCUGGUUGUUGAGACUCCAAUAAGUCUGCAAGAAGACAGAACCCAGUAGGACUUAUCAAAUUAGUAGAACUAUCUUUACCAAGUAUAACAUGAGUAUAUCUAGAACUAGUUUGGUGAUCUUUUAUUACUUCCUUAUUGGGGCUUUGAAGAUUCCUAAAAUGUUAAAAUUUCUAAAACAGCUGCCCGAUAUGAUAAACAUGAUUUAACAGGCAUCUCUGACACUGGCUUUACACACUCAAACGAAGGGAGGUAAAAGCAAUACCAGCAUCAUCUGUUGCACUGUCACCUUUUUUAAGCGGUGAGCCACCGAACAUUUCCUUCUAUACAUAAUAAUAAUUUGGCUGUAUGUUAUAAUUUUUUAUUUGUUUUGCCAACAAUAUGAUGCAUAAGCAAUUCAUUAUUUACUGCUUUCUAGCUAAACUGUAUUACUCUAGGGAUACCACAGUUUAUUACAUGAAUUCACCAUUUAUCUUUAAAUUUAUCCAAGCAACUGAAUACACCAGCCAAUACUGGUAUUAAAUGAUAGCUGCACAUGAUGUAGUUGUUUAAAAAACAUGCCAUGCAGACUGGCUAACAUUUGUCCUAUUUCUCAUUAGGCCUCUUAGAAUGACUUCAGUAUUCACCAGCUCCACAGGCAAAAUGUGUUGUAAGUUUUAGCUGUACUUUCAAAUCACGUGUCUGGUGAGGUCCGAACAAAGUUUACAAAAAACAAACAAAAGUUUAAAUUAAAGUCGUUACAUGCAGAUUUUUGGUGAAUGAUGUGCUGUUGGCUUGUGCUGUGUCUGAUUGUUUUCUUUCAGAUGAAGAGUCGCUUGCAAUCGACUGGCUUUGGAAUCACGUCAAGUUCAGGUUGCAAAACGCAAUAGUAGGAACCCUGCAUUAAACUUUUUUAAUGUCUGUAUAGCUGUUAGGUAUAUUUUUUAAAAACAAGAUUUUAGAUGAUGAAUGUGUCACUUAGCUUACAUGUUCUCUAUUCUCACACUUAAAUCAUUCACUUUCUAUUGAACAAAAGCCAUUUCUGCAUGUGUCCUUGCAUGCCUCCAGUCUACCCCCAUCUGAUAAAAAUGACGUUAUUGAUAGGGAAUAAAGGUGUCCUUUUUUUUCUCUUCAUUGUUUUGUGUUAAAGGAAAAUGGCAGAUCUACUGUGCAUAAGGAUUCUGUUAUGUUCUGACAAUGAAUAAUAUGAUAAACAACACUGGAGUCAGUUAUUAGAUCUCCAGACAGAAUUAUAGAUGACAGAGCUCUCCUUGACCAAGCAUACCUUAUUUUAAUAUAACCUGUGUCUAUAGCUUUCUAUGUCUUUGUGCUUGUGAGAAUUUUGGACACAUUUUCACAAGUCCUGGAAGUGCAGACAAAGCAGUGGCAUUCUGGUCAAGAAAAUUGCCAUCUAUAUUUUUGUCUGGAGUUUAAGUUACUCUUUCUGAUCAUGUUUAGGGUAAAAUAUCACUUUAAUGAAAAUGACUACAUUUGAGGUUUUAUGCUAAACUGUGAAUAGAUUAUGUCUACAGCUUUUUUGUGUGUUUAAUUGUGUGUAUGUGUGUGCUCCAUUAGCAAAGAAAAAAAAAAGAUUAGCCAGCGUACGAAGAACUCCAUUUACAUUUUAUACCCACUCAUUAGCUUAAGGACAAAGAACUCUUUGUAUAUCUUCAUUAAAAAUCUUUGCAGCGUUUCAGCGGCACCAAGUCAGAGAGUGGUUUUAAGAUGCCAAGAAGAGCCCUGUUGUGUUUAAUCUUUUUUUUCCCCCUAAACCAUUUACAGUUACGAUCCACCUUUCUUUUCACUGCAAAAAGGACAGUGGUUAUGCAACGCUCUCAACAAUGCCAUUUCUGAACAUUGUGUACUAUAAAUAUAGCUUGUUAUUAUACACUUAUUUAUAUGCAUCACUACAAAAUUGGCAGUGGGGUUGCCUAAGGAAAAAUCACAAGAAAUGAGUUUAGUAGAUUUUCUUUAACAGUUAUAAAGAUUGCUGGAUUAAAUAGCUGGUAACAAAAGGCUGUGUGACCCAGAUCAGUGGCUGUGCAUAAUUUAGCUAUCUAAUGGGAACUGAUCAGGAUUUGACAUCUGAAAAGAUUUAUUCAUAUUGCAUUGUCAUGGCACCACUGAUCAUUUUUUAUUCUUAAAACAUCUGGUUUCUAUAGUCAUCUAAGCAGUACUUACAGUGUGGGGGAACAAGUAUUUGUAUACUUUUGUUUCUGUUGUUUAAUAUACUUCCAAUGUAUGUAUCCACUUCAAAUUUACACACUUUAUAGGGAAAAAACAUUCAGACACUGUAUUAAAAAGAAUGUACAUGGUGUCAUUAUAAAGGACAGUGUCAUGGUUUGGGAAGAUUAGGAAAAAGCUUCAGAGCAAGCAAAGACCUUUAACAUUCCUGUUAUUAUAAUUGGUUCGAUAAUAUGCAGGUGGAAAGUUCAUGGAACCACAACUAAUUGGCCCAGGACAUGUGAGCCACAACACGGUCUCGUGAUAGAGGUAAGAGGAAGGUAAGAGGGAAGCCAGCAGGAGCUCAAAAAGAGUUGCAGGAUGACCUGAAAGCAGUAAGGUCAACAGGUACACAGAGAAUAUUAAGCAAUGAACUUCACCACAGUCAUCUCUGUUCCUACAUGUCCAUUUCUUGACUUUAAUCCCAAUGAACAUUUUUGGAGGAUUUUGAAAUUGUGAGUCCAUUGUGAGUCCUCGUAACCUAGGAACUUUGAAGUUGAUUUUCCAAGAGGAAUGGACCAAAAUUGUGCCAGAAUUCUGCAAAAAGCUAAUCACUUUUUACCAUAGACAUCUCAAAGCAGUAAUUGCCAACAACAGCUUUACAACAAAGUAUUAAUGUUGGUAAUUUUUGGUAUCUGAAUAAUGUUUGGUGUCUGUUUUUUUUUAACAUAUCUUUGUUUAUGCUUCUGAAUGCAUACUUUUUUUGUUUGAAGUGGAUAUAUGCACUGGAAGUACUGUAUAUUAAACAUCAAAAACAAAAGAGUCUUGCUACUUAUUUCCCCUCACUGUAGUCUGAGCAGCUUUUAUUUACUGUGGUAUUGGUACUUGGCUGUUACAAAAAAUCCGUUAUAACUAAUUCACUAAUACUUUUUCACUGUAUGUACAGCUGAGAAUUUUGCAUGUGAUAUUCUGAUCGUGGGAUUAGUUAUGUGGAGAAGACCAAGCUUUAAUAUUUUAAAUGUGUAUUACACCGCAGCCCUGUUAAAAUCUCACAUCUUGAUUGGUUAGAAUUUGUUGAUUACUUUUCUAUAACAGCACAGCACAGGCAGUAGUGCUGACUGUAGUUCAAAUCAUAGGUGUGAAUUAUUGCGCUGGUUCUAAUAGUCAGUUGUUUCUAUGGUCAAAAAAUGUACUCAAAGGAAUAAAACAAUUCAUGAAGUGCUGUUAUUGGAAAAUAAUCAACUUUGUGGUUUACCUGUUUUGUCAGACAGAACCAUAUGAUUCCAAGAUCUUGUUAACAUUAGACCAGAUGCUCAAUGACUCUAGAGAUCAAUUUGAGAUGGGUUAUGCUAGUACUGUCUUUCCUUCCUCUAAUGACUUACUGUAAAGUGAGUUCUUUUACGUAAAGUAAUUGGAUGCCAUUCUCAUCUGACUUAAUGAGUUGUGAAAUUUUUGUUACCCCUACCCUGUUCUUUAAACAGUUUUGUGUUCCUUGAAUAUGAUUUGUUAAUGAAACAAGCUUUUCAAGAACAUUUCAAGAACCUUCUUAUUUUUCUCAUGUAAGCCAUCCAUGCUUUAUGCAUGGUGGCAAGAUAAGGAAAAGAUGCUGUUAUUUCCAUUUCUGUGCAGCUAAUAUUACAACAUUUUUAUUGUAUGUAAUUGUAUGUAUGUUUUAUGGCAUGUUAUGACUGAUAAUUUUCUGGGUUUUUUUUCUGUAUAUGACAGAAGCUCUACUUUUUGGCAGGAGAAAGAAAACACAUUUUGUUUUUUCCAAAAAAAAAACAGCACCUUAAUUUUUUCUUGGGGAAAUAUUUGUGGAGAAUGUUGUAGGGAUGUGCAAAUAUGUCAAAGCAUUAGAUAGAUAAAUGUAACGAUUUCCGGGCAUGUAUGUGCGUAUUGUUUAAAUUACAUCCAAUGAUGACCUGGGAUCAGCUUAGCGCCUGACUUCACACAUUUGUACCUUAAGCUCAUCUCAUAGCAGUGUAAAAACAACAGCCGCUGUGUAAUCAUUACCCUGUUUGGUCUCAGGCUUUUUCCAGCGCACCAGCAAACUGUUUCUAAGCAAACAGGCCAGUUGGGUCCAGCUCAAAGAGUUUGCCCGCAAAAAUGCCGCCAAUGCCUUGUCUGUUGCCAACAUGGUCAUGGGGAUGGCCUCCAUUCUCAGCAGUCUCAAUGGGCGCCCUUAUGCUGCAUGUUGGCUGGUGCUGAUUGGUUACCUGCUGGAUUUGGCAGAUGGUGCAGUUGCCAGGCAACUGAACGCUUGUUCGGCAUUGGGAGCCAAACUGGAUGAUUUUGCUGAUUUCACAACUUUUGGAAUAGCAACAUCACUGCUCUUAAGGACUCCCAACAUCCUGGAUAACAUCCUCUGCAUGUGCUACAUGUUGUCUGUGUUUAUUCGGCUUUGUUUCUUCUCCAGUGGCAUUCCUUUCAUGUAUCGUGGCCUGCCGUGCAUCUACUCAUCCGCCAUUCUCGCCUGCCUGUCUCUACUCACUGGAGGGAACAUGGCCGUGCUCCGGCUCACUGCUGUGGCCAUGAUCCUCUUCAUGGUCAGCCAGACUCUUUACCCUCAUGACCGAGUACUGGAGUCACAGGCCUGGAAGAAGGUGGUCUAUGCUGGAGGUAUUAUUAUGGUCUUCUGCUCUUCAUUCCCUCCUGUGUGUCUGUACUAUCUGCUAUGGUCAGUUUCCUACAUUUUGUUCCCAAUGUCCCUAUGGAGCUGCAAAGUGUAACGGGCUGUGAUGUCUUGUCCAAACUACGACACUCCAGGCUUGAAGAAAGCCCAUGUGGCCCAACAGAAGUGUCUGCUCUUUGCUGCCUUGGAGUAUCAAACCCUGCUCAAUCCCAGAAACUCUGGACAUUGUAUGCUGCUUUUUUAUUGUUGAGGUGAUGAACUUUGGGUUGCAGUGAGGAAAUCUGCCUAAUCUAGAGGACUGAUGGACUGACGGUGAAAUUAUUUCAUUAAAAUCGGUUUCUAAAAAGGCUGACCACAAAACACUUUUCUACUUGGGAGAACUGUGAACUGUGUGUUGUGUUCACAGAGGUCACUGAUGUGUGUCGCUCUUGAAAUGUAACAAGGAUUCCAUCACAACUGCUGUGGGUUGAUGAUAUUUUGGUGAAUUUUAUUCAUGUCGAAAAUAGAUGAGAACAACAUCUUGUGUAUAUGUACCAUAAUUGGGAUUUUCAUAUUGGUAGAUCAGAUAUUUUAUUAAAAGGGAAAUAAAAACAGCAGCUAAAGCAUGAGUGGGAGAAAAUGCUCAAAUAUUCAUUAUAGGAAAACUAAAACUAAAAUGGAUGAACUGUUUUCUUAUUAGUGCACUGACAUUUUUAAAAUACAAUCACUUAAAAAGGUGUAUUUUAUUAUUCACGGGGAUCGAACUGGCAUUUGAUUCAAAUUAUUUUUUACUGCCAGUGCCUCUUGAUCUACUUUGUGACAUGUAGGAAGUAUGACACAUAAUAAAAGCCACUAUAGUAUGAUGAAGGUUAGUAUGAUACAUAAUAAAAGCCACUAUAGUAUGAUGAAGGUUAGUAUGAUACAUAAUAAAAGCCACUAUAGUAUGAUGAAGGUUAGUAUGAUACAUAAUAAAAGCCACUAUAGUAUGAUGAAGGUUAGUAUGAUACAUAAUAAAAGCCACUAUAUUAUGAUGAAGGUUAAUGCUUGAAUAACUUCAUUCAUCUAAUUUCUGUAUUGAAUGUGAUUUUUUUUUUUUUAAAUGCACAUCCUCCAGACAUGACAGAGGCCAAUUUUGUGCAGUACUUGCACAUAAUUUACAAUUUUUUUUGCAUUCUGGCAAUGUUCAUUUGAGACUGUGGGCCUGUGUAGUGAGAAUUUAUUACUGAAAUAGCACACAUCGGUAUUUAGACCUCAACAUAAUUCAACACUAUUCAGAGAGUUGCAUGAGAACUGCACACGUGGGACAGAAUUUGCCUGAAACAGAGCUUGUCUAAAAUUUCUAAACUUAAGCCCAUUUUCUUGUGUGAUAUCGACUUAACUGAAGAGAGGUAUUAAGUCCAGCGCUACUGUCUGACAGUGUGAUGUAACCUCAAUAUGUCACACUGAUAUUCAUGUUCUGGGCUGUAAAUACACACCAAAAAAAACUACAUAGAAUUCCAUUUGAGGGCAAUAUUAAACACAUAAAUAUGACACUACUAGUGAAUUAAUAAAUAAUAUCAUCCUUUUAUAGUGCACAAGAAGGUUUGUUUUUUCACACCAAAGACAUCAUAGCAUCUUAAUUCAAGACAAUGUUUAUCUUGAAGACCAAAUUUUUAUCAAUAAAAUUAUAAAUAAUACUGCAAGCAUAGCAGAAGAGAGCUCAGUCAGCUUAUUUUUCAAAUCUUGUGCAUGUUUUCUUUACAGGAGAGUGCACUGAAUUUACAAAAUAUUGACAUUAUAUUAGUAAUUACACAAACGAACAUAAAGGCAUGAUAAAAAUAGCCUGCUCCACAUACACAUUGAUUUUAUGACCUCGAUUUAGUCAACCCAUGAUUUAAAAAACAAAGCAAAAUAAUAGCAUGUGCUGGAUCAAGUGCUAUUCUAUAAGCUGCCGAAUAAUGAGGGUGGAAGCCAUAUUGAAACCAAAUUUUCUAAACUAGGACAAUUCAUGCAAAAAAAAUUUUUUGGCAAUAUACUGGGUUCUUAUUAGAUAUUGUCCCUUGCUUUUAUGUUACAUCAUAUUACAUUUGACUCUUGCUCUUCAGUCAUAUAUUUUUUUAUCAGGUGUAAAGGCAGGCGCUUGUAUUUAAAGGUAGUAGUAUAGAUGUGGUUGAAAACCCAUCUCAGAUGCUUGGAGGCCAGAAAAUUGACUUGAGCAACUGCAUAACCAGUCUCUGAACAGCUACAAACAACUUUCCCCAUUUAAAUAUUGACUUUACAUUUGGACUUAAGUUGCCAGUUCUGAAUACGGCCUUAUGUACGCACUGAAAACUCAAGGUGGAACUCCUGCCUUCGUUCUGUAUUCAGAAAUGUCCAUGUGUUGUGUUGCACUGAGGGGUUUAGCAUCAGCCAGGUGGAUGUACGACUCCAGCAGUUUGAUGAUAGCAGAAUAAGCCGGGCGAUCCUUAAAAUUCCACAUGCAGCAAUAUUUCAUGAGGUCAAACCUGUAGGAGAAAUGACAAGCUCUUUCAGCAACAUCACUGGCCACAGUGAAUUGCAAAUCUGUUGUCCCUUGUUCUAUUCCUGUUUGUAGAUGACUAGUAAAAGUACAGAUUUGUAAAUGGGAAUGGCUGAUCAAUAUGUAAAAAGCAGUUGCACCACAGAUUUGACUCACAGUGCCCCUCCACAGUUUGGAGGUCUUUUUAGCUUGUAAUUGGCCAAUGUCUGGAGGAACGUCUCCGAUGGCUCCAGUUCAGGAAAUGGAGGAGCACCUUAUAGAAGAAACACUUAAUAUGAGACUUUAAUUAAUGAUUGUUGAAAUGUACUUUUCAUGAGUAUGUUCAAAUUUCUUAGUGAAAAUAUGUGGGGCAGCCUGAGAAAAGCCUACACAUUGUGGAACUUUGACAUUUUCUACAAAAACUACAGGUUUUCCUGAACUUUGAUAUAUAUUUUUUGGUUUGCACGUAUCUCUAUCAUGUUGUAGCAUUUUAAUGUCUGGUUCCCAGAAAGUAAAAGGGAAGAAUUUUGCAUUUAAAUCUUCCAGUUUUUAAUCCAAUGAAAGACACCAACACACAAAUUGUUUCUAAAAGCAAGUGUUAUUUAUUGAUUUCAUUUGCAUUUAAUUUACUAUGUAAUAAAUAAGAUAAAUAAAUUAUAAUAAUGA